AAAAGUCUUCUAAAAAAUUCCUUUGUUUCCUAUAGAAAUUUUAUAAUUCUGCCUGUUCUGAUUUUUGAAGCAUUGAUUCUGCUGAUUAUCUAGAGAGAGGCAAAGUGAUGAUGAACUGGCUAACACUCAUUGAACAGAAAGGACAUUUGCUUGAGAGCAAAUAAAGAUGUCACAGUUGUCCAGUCAGUUUUAAACACACCAUCACUUGGGGGGUUUAUCUCAACACCCUUUUACUUGCCUUGUUUCUUCCUCCUCUAUUGCCUCUUAAGCUACUCAAUCUCCUUAGUAAAAAGGAAAAAAAAAUGCACUUCUACUUAAAACAUCAGCGUCUGAACUCCACUAUAUAUAACUUCUUUUUGCUUCUUGAAAUUCACAUCUCAAAUCCAAAAACUCUCCUAUUCCUUGAGCCUUAUAAUAAGAUCAGCAUGAACAUCAGUUGCCUAUUUCUUCAACUAUUCUUCGGCCUAACUCUUCUACUGGGCCUUGCUACAUCAGACCCUGACCCUCUUCAAGAUUACUGCAUUGCGGAUACAAAAUCCCCUUUAUUUCUCAAUGGUGCACCCUGUCUCAACCCAAGUCUAGCUCAUUCCUCUCAUUUCACCACUUCAGCUCUUGCCAAACCUGGUGACACGAAGUCUAACCCAAUCGGCUUCAGUAUUACACUAACCACCCUUGCUAAUUUGCCAGGAAUUAACACCAUGGGUCUAACCAUGGCCCGUGUCGACAUAGCGUCUAACGGGCUUGUUCCACCCCACUCCCACCCACGGGCCUCAGAAGUUACCAUCUGUCUAAAGGGUGUUCUUCUUGUGGGCUUUGUGGAUACCUCUAACCGCCUCUUCACUCAACAACUUGGGCCUGGUGACUCCUUCGUAUUUCCAAGGGCUCUAAUCCAUUUUCUCUACAACCUGGACUCAAGGAAUCCCGCUUUGGCUGUAUCUGGGCUCAGCAGCCAAAACCCAGGUGUACAAAUAGCUUCCAGGGCUAUAUUCGUAUCAAAUCCAUCAAUUCCUGACGUAAUUUUGGAAAAAGCAUUUCAAAUCAGCAGCACGGACAUUGCCAAGAUUCGCAGGAACCUUGGCGGGUGAUUCAAGUGACUACGUUUUUAUUUUUAUUUUUCUG